UCAAAGACCUUAAGAUUAGUCAACACUGGAGGAAGCGGAUGCAGCGCAGUCACAUUCUGCUUCAUUUCUCGUCUCUCAUAGACAUUUUAUUGGCACGUCAUUUCACUAAACGUCACCGCCCAGCCAGGUUAACUUUCCCCAUCCCGAACUACCUGAUCUACUCUUCCUCUCGGCGAAGUCCGAUUUCGUCUCUCCCUUUUGCCGACUCUCUGAUGUUUCGAAUUCCUGCGGGUUUCGGACGAUCCGAGGCUGAAUUUGGGGGGUUGCUGGUUUCUGUUGGUGGCUAGGGUUUCGUCAAGGUGGAAUUGGUGGCGUUCGAAUUGGCAAGUAAUUCGGGAGGGUGUUUCUCUUGAUAGGUUUGAAUUUGAUUAGGGUUUCGGGAGGUGCGGUUGUGUGCGAAGGAAAAAAGUGGAGGAUUGUUUCUCCGAGCUUUUCUUUCAAGGAACGUCAACAAGAAGUAGAGCAGCUUUUGUACAAGACGCGAAUAGAGAUGCAUGCCUCUGCGCAACCGAAUGGUCGAUCUCCGAAACGGAUGACUGGUUCAAUGUCAACAUCACAAUUGAAAACUGGCUCUGACGGUCUGCAGAAUGCUGCGUCCUUGGCAUCUCAGGGCAAAGGAAAGAAAAGAGAGCGUGUAGAACAGAGCUCAGAUCCCGUGAAACGUGAACGUUUAGCAAAAAUGGGAGAUGGCGAUUCUGGUCGCUAUAGUUCAGAAAGCUCGUUGAAAUUGGAGAUUGCUAAAGUAGUGGAGAAGGGACCACUGGUAGAUACAGAAGGUGUUGACAAAUUAGUGCACGUAAUGCUUAUCGAGAUAAAUGAGAGGAAAAUAGAUUUGACUGCCCGAACAAUGCUUACAAAUGUAAUUGUUGGCACAGAGAAGCCGGAUUGCCUGAGCAGAUUUGUUCAGAUAAGGGGUUUGUCUAUAUUGGAUGACUGGCUUCAAGAUGUUCAUAAAGGAAAGACUGAUGAUAGCAGUGGGGUCAAGCAUAAUGAUAAGUUGGCCGAGGAAUUUCUCUUGGUUCUGCUCCGUGCGCUGGACAAACUCCCCGUAAACCUUCCAGCAUUGCAGAUGUGCAACAUUGGCAAGUUGGUGAAUCAUUUACGGACACACAAGAAGUUGGAAAUUCAGAAGAAGGCGCGGAGUCUAGUCGACACAUGGAAGAGACGUGUCGAGGCUGAGAUGAAUAUGAACGAUGCCAAGAUGGGUUCUGUCCCGUUUAAGUCAUUAGAUUCGACAUCUGUAGGUCCACUGGCUCCUGAAGCGACUUCUUCAGCAGGACUUGAAAGAGUCAAGUCAUUUGAGGAGACUGGCAAGUCACUCUUGGUCAAAGACACAGGUCCAAAGAACUGAGACUUGCAUUGAUCCAGGGUCUGUGCAGAUUGUUCGCUUCUUUGAUCAUUCAUUUCUGCAGGAACCUUGAAACGCAAACAAGACGCUGUCAUCCCAUACGUAUUUGGUGAAGAUACAACAUUUCGGAUGCAUUUUCAUGCUGCUGCAAUUAAUGUGAACAAGAUUGUGAAAUCUCAUCCCAGGAAAUUCCUGCUCUGGCUAUGUCAGACGAAGUAAACAGCAAUUGCUGCAUGGGCCAGUGAAUUUCAAUAAGUGGGUGGCAUCAAAUGCCUUUUAAGUAUAUUUUGUAAACAGAAAACAAACAGUGAUCCAAUCGGAGAGUUAAUAUAUAUAUAUAUGUAGAUAUUCUACCUACGAGAUACAGAAGCUAGUUUGAAAGAAGAUAUUGAAGUCGUUGCCAAAGAAGCGACCCUCGAUAUCCUCAAAACCCACUGCAUACCAUCGGCGAUGUCUGAUGAUCUUAAGACAUAAAAGCCAUAUAUUCAUUUGAUUUUUGCUA